CCCCUUCCCAUACAAGAAUCUGUUUCUCUCACCUCUGCACACCUUUCUUCACUCCCUAAAUCAUCUCCUGCUGUCUGAUGAUGGGCCUCACCCUUCCUUACACCUGCAUUUCCCUCGUCAACAUUAUGCUUAGCACCACCUUCUUCCGCCACAAGCCUUAUUAAUACUACAAUACACCUCUCUCUUUCUCUUUCUCUUUCUCUUUCUCUGCCACUCAACCUCUUGCAACUGAGAUUCACCUUCAAAAUUCCUGUCUUUUUUCCUGCUAUGGAGGGUGGAGGCGUCUUCGACGAUUCCCACAUGCCUAAUCUUGUCCUCAAGAGUGAGAGCUCCGAGGUUCUUGAUUCUCUCUGGGUUCCCAAUUCUUCCCCUUCUUUUCAAGGCUGUGCUUCCAUGGUGAGCUUCGAGGAUGUAAACACAACAACAACAACAACAAACAACAACAUGAAAUCGGAGAACUGCAAUGACGAUUUUGACCCUGCCUUCCACCAGCCGGCCGACAAGAAACGGCGGCUCUCGCACGAUCAAGUGAAGUUUCUGGAGAAGAGCUUCGAGGUCGAGAACAAGCUUGAACCCGAGCGCAAAAUCCAGCUGGCUAAAGAGGUCGGUUUGCAGCCGAGGCAGGUCGCGAUCUGGUUCCAAAAUCGACGCGCCCGCUACAAGACCAAGGUUCUCGAGAAGGAAUACGCCGCCUUGAAAGCCAGCUACGACAAACUCAGAUCGGACUACGACACCCUCUUCAAAGACAACGACAAGAUGCGAAACGAGGUUAAUCUGCUGACGGAGAAGUUGAUGAUGAGAGAGAAGGGGAAGAAGGAUUGCGAUUCGGAGGCGGAGAAGGCGGCGGUUGCUGCGGCGGCGAGCUCGGCGAAGAGUGAUGUGUUCGAUUCGGACAGCCCGCAUUGCACGGAGGGGGCGGCGCUGGAGCCGGCUGAUUCGUCUCACGUGUUCGAGAGAGGAGAGGCUUCGGAUUUCUCCCAAGAUGAAGACGACAGCCUUAUGCCGCCGUCUUGUUUUCCCAAGAUACAAGUCGAGUGCUACGAUGAUCUGCAACCAAACUCUUGCAAUCUCGGAUUUCCUGUUCAAGAUCAAGGCACAUGGUUCUGGCAAUAUUGAAUUUCUUGCUCUUUUUCAUGCCAUCAAAUCUGUGUAAAUAAAUGAAUUUUGCAUCUGCCUUCCUUCGUGUUUGUAUCGUAUAGAUAAAUCAAUCCCAGCUUCUGUUUUCA